AUGCCGCGGAGGGACGAUUUUACAGCCGAGAGACUUUUUGCCAUGGAGAGAAGGUUUCCCGCUCCAUGGCAAGAUUUCUACACAGCAGACAUGCUGUGGAAAGUGCUGCCUGUUUUCACUGUGGUGCUCGCCACAAUUAACGGAAUCAACGCCCAAUGUCCACCCGGAGUGACAGUGUAUAACUGCAUUGUCGACCCCUGUACUUAUACAACGUGUCUGGUAGGAACGGAAUGUGUGUCCAACUACUGUGGCGGCUGUAACGCUGACUGUGUGCCUAUAGAACCCACACCAUGUCCAAACGGAGAGCCGCUGGUGAACUGCAUUCAGGAUCCCUGUGUUUUGGUAUUGUGCCCAGCAGGAACUGAAUGUGUGGCGAACUACUGUGGUGGUUGUAACGCUGAGUGUAUUGCUACAGAACCCUCGCCUUGUCCAGACGGAGAAGAACUGGUGGAGUGUCUUGUUGAUCCCUGUACUUAUACAAAGUGUGCAAAAGGAACGACAUGUGUGUCCAACUACUGUGGUGGAUGUAACGCUGAGUGUGAGCCGACCUCUUGUCCCGAUGGAUCCGAGCUGGUGCAAUGUUUCGCUGACCCCUGUGAGACUGUUCGGUGCGCAGAGGGAUUCACAUGUCUGUCUAACUAUUGUGGUGGCUGUAACGCCAAGUGCGUCCCGAAACCAGCUAAAUGCACCAGCUGGACGGACUGGUUCGACCGUGACAACCCCACGGGAACCGGUGACUGGGAGACUCUGACCGACCUUCAAAACGAGAACCCAGGGCGGAUCUGUGACUCACCGACGGGCAUCCAGGCUCGCGUCAUCGGCACGGGACAGGACGCGUCAACGACGGGAGAAUACUUCGCUUUCUACGAUCCAGUUAACGGCUUCGUCUGCAGGAAGGAGGACCAAAAAGACGGCGUGUGCCUGGAUUAUGAAGUGCGUUUCUGCUGUCCGGAUGUUGUUCCAGAUUGUCCUGAAGGGUCCUGGACAGGUUGGUUUGACCGUGACGACCCCACAGUAACAGGAGACUGGGAAACGCUGACCAGCCUCCGUCGGGAGAACAUGGGACAGAUCUGCUUCGCCCCCACAGCCGUCCACGCCCGGGUCAUCAGCACACAGGUGGAGGCCUCUCUGGCGGGAGAAGAUUGGUUCGCUUACGACACCACAACCGGCUUCGUCUGCAGGACUCAAGAUCAGGAAGACGAAGACGAGUGUCUGGACUAUGAAGUCCGUUUCUGCUGCCCACCAUGUACCCAUUGGACAGCCUGGUACGACCGCGACAACCCGUCAGGAACCGGGGACUGGGAGACCCUGACCGACCUCCGUAAGGAGAACCCAGGAGAAAUCUGCCUCACGCCCACAGACAUCCAGGUCCGAGUCAUCAGUACCGGGCAGGACGCGUUUCUCACGGAGGAAACGUUUGCUUUUUACGACGUCACAACCGGCUUCGUCUGUAUUGAGGACGAACAGGACGACGACACGUGUCUGGACUAUGAAGUUCGCUUCUGCUGUCCCCCAUGCACCGUUUGGACGGCCUGGUACGAUCGGGACAAUCCUGGAGGAACCGGGGACUGGGAGACACUGACCGACCUCCGUGACGAGAACCCAGGUCAGAUCUGUCCCAUGCCAACAGAGAUCGAAGCCCGAGUCAUUGCCACCGGGCAGGAGGCGUAUGACACCGGCGAAAGCUUCCUGUACUACGACACAACAAACGGCUUCGCCUGCCAGAACAAUAAACAGAAGGACGAUCGCUGCAUGGACUAUGAAGUCCGCUUCUGCUGCCCUGAUUUGAAACCCUGUCAGCAGCCCAAAGAGCCGGGACCCUGUAAAGGAUCCUUCCCACGAUGGUUCUUCAACAUCCUGACCGGCCAGUGUGAGUACUUCAUCUAUGGAGGCUGCGGUGGCAACGACAACAACUUUGAAACCGAGGAAGAAUGUGAAAGAGCUUGUGAACUAAGUGAGGAUCCCUGUCUGCAGCCAAAGGACCCGGGGCCAUGCAAAGCGUAUUUCCCACGGUGGUUCUUCAACACCCUGACUGGGCAGUGUGAGAUAUUCAUCUAUGGGGGCUGUUUUGGUAACGACAACAACUUUGCAACCCUGGCAGAUUGUCUUGACAUCUGUGGAAGUCAUUACACAGGCCCUUACUGUCCUUCUGGCGACCCUUUCCUGGUCAACCACUUCUGUGGGCGGGGCGGGACUCCAUGCCCUUCUAAUUACUUUUGCCAAAUAGACCCGGUGGACCGCUGGGCUGUCUGCUGUCCUACAGAAGUUGAGGAUCCUUGCGAACAGCCCAAAGAUGUUGGACCGUGUGACGGUAUAUUUCCGCGCUGGUUCUACAACAGUCUGACAGGAGAGUGUGAGCUAUUCGACUAUGGAGGCUGCGAUGGUAACAGCAACAACUUUCAAACUCUGGAGGAGUGUGAAGACACUUGUGUUGACCCCUGUCAGCAGCCCAAGAAGGUUGGACCCUGUGAGGCUCUCAUUCCACGGUGGUACUUUAACAGCCUGACCGGCCAGUGUGAGCUGUUCGACUGGGGAGGCUGCGAUCCUAACGACAACAACUUUGCAACUCUGGCGGAUUGUGAAAGAACCUGUAAAAUUGACCCCUGCCAGCAGCCCAAAAAGGUGGGACCCUGUAGGGCUAUCAUCCCACGGUGGUUCUACAACAGCGUGACCGGCCAGUGUGAGCUGUUCAACUGGGGAGGCUGCGAUCCUAACGACAACAACUUUGCAACUCUGGCGGAGUGUAGGAAGACCUGCGGACAUACAGGCCCUUACUGUCCGUCUGGUGCCCCCUACCUGCCUAUCUCCUGUGGGCGGACCGUGCCUCGGCAAGACUGUCCUCGAACUCACUACUGCGAAAUUGAUCCGUUGGACCGCUGGGCUGUGUGCUGUCCUAAUAAUAUAGGUCGGUGUCCUGAGGUACGAGAAGACCAGGUGGGGAUAUGUGUGGAGCUCUGUACUAAAGAUUCCUGCCCCAUGGGACAACUCUGCUGCUCCAAUGGCUGCGGCCACACUUGUCAGGACCCUGUGUUUGACGUAAACCCAGGCAGACGUAGACCCACGCCUGAAAAGAGGACCUGCCCAAUUGACAUCGUGAUCGUCGUCGACCUUUCGUCGAGCCUGUCGAUGUAUGAUUUCUACCGGAUCAGACGGUUCAUCGUUGAGUUAAUUGAGUGCUUCAUCGAGGAGUGUGUGAGUGUCGAGAUUGGAGUCAUCACGUACGACUGUGUCCCGACUACGUACCUCCGCAUUGGCACCUACGCGCUGACGGACCCCGCUCUGAUGGGCACCAUUAACCACCUGAUGUUCACGGGAGGUCUGAGCGAUACUGGCGGCGCUAUCAGCUACAUGACGGCCACGACGGAUUUCCGUGAGAACGUUCCCCGUGCAGCAGUGAUUAUAACAGACGGAGAGUCGGACGAUAACGCGGUAGGACAGGCAGACGCUGCCCGGGCCGAAGGAUUCUGGCUGUGCGGUGUGGGGAUGGGACAUGUCAACACAGCUGUACUGACAGCUAUCGCCGGUGGCGCGGACCGUGUCUUCGGUGUUCGGGAUGCCUGCGGACUCGCCGCCCGCAUCAUACGUGACCUUUGUCCCCCGAUGUGAAUGAAGACCGUACUCAAGACUUGAAAGCUACCUGUUCACGUAAACCACUGCUGAUGAUAAAUAAGACAGUAUUAUUAAUCUACAUGUAGAUGUUUAGACCUUACUUCCAGCUAUUGAAUAUGUUAAUCGCACAGAAAAAAACAUUAUAAUUAUAUAUAAUAGUAUAAAGGAGUUGUAGAAGUGGGAACAAAAGUAAUGUUGUAAAUGGCAGAAAAUGUACCUAAAGCCGUAGAAAUGUAUGUAUCAAUAGUUACCAUAUCUGCAUGCAUAUGUGCAUUUGACAUGGAGUAGCUAGGAACAGUCAUUAGAAAUGUAACCUAGAAAAAAUACAAUAAUAUACAUCGGUGACCUGCUUGAGAAUCUGUAAUUGGAAAAACCUGGUGUAAUACACCACAGAUGACGCUGAUCAUGCUAAAAUAAAUGAAUAUAAAUAUAGAAUAUAAGAAUAUAGAAAACUAGGAAAGAAAGGAGAUAACCUUAUCUGAUAAUGUAGUACAAUAUAUCAAUUGAUCAAGCUAAAAUAUACCAACAGCAGUGUCAAUAUUUAAGAUGUCAUAAGAGUAAGAUUAAAUGUCUUAAAGGUGGCAACGGUAGUCAUAUAACUUACGUUAACAUAGUUGACGUAUAGGGCACUUCUUAAAGAUGCUAUUGAUAAAUACCUAAAGCAACUUAUUACAGCAGACAUUACACUGUAAGCAAACUUUUCCCUAGGUUGGUAAGUACUUUAUCAAUAUUUAUCCUUCCCUCUUUAUUCAUACUAAUAUUCACAUAUUGACAUUAAGUGCUUGGCAGAUAAGCAGAUGAUUGGGACAAAAUCACUAUCUAACAGAUACAAGUACUACAUGUACAUGGAGACAUGGACAUUAACAUCGAGUUCAAAACUAAGUAAACUUAUACCUAUUCCGAAAAUAGUUCCCAAAGCUAUAUGGGGUUAGUACAUGUACAUGUACAUUCUUACAUGUGAUAACUACGUGUGAUUACGACAUCUAUAUGCUUUGAAUAAGUGCUAUCCAAUUGCAGUUUAUCCAAUUUGAAUAAGUUAUUCCAAUUGCAGAAGUUUAACUUUAAGACCCCAACAGUACAAGCAGUGUUUGUUGUACUGCUUUUGCUUAAGAUUUAAUUUUAGAACUGUACGCAAACUUAUAAAAGAUACAUAUAUCCACUAAAUACCUGUUAUGUAACCAAGGAAAAUAAAAGGAAUAGACGUGAAA